GCAUUCACACUUCAUCAAUUAUUUCUCCUAUCUUUCCAAAACAAUUGGAAAUUAAUCUCUAUUUUCUAUCAAUUCUAAAGAACAAUGUCUCAUCCAAUACAUGAAGCCAACGAACACAGCCCAUAUGGAAACUACACAAGACAAGAAUUCUACAGCAAACAUCAGAUCAUCCAUAACCAAUCUUUCAUCUUCAACAAAAGAAACAUGAAGAUCUUUACUCAAUCAUGGUGUCCCCAUGCAAAACCUAAAGGCUUAGUAGCCAUGGUCCAUGGCUACUCUUCUGAAAGCAGUUGGAUCAAUGAACUAACCGCCGUAGCGAUGGCGAAAGCCGGGUUCUUAGUGUGUGCACUUGACCUUCAAGGCCAUGGCUACUCCGAUGGCUCGCCCGGUCACAUCCCGAAUAUCAAACAUGUUGUUCAUGAUUGCAUUCAGUUUUUUGACUCAGUGAAAGCAGAAAACCCUAAACUGCCUGCUUUUCUUUAUGGUGAGUCAUUAGGUGGCGCUAUUUCAAUACUUAUAUGCUUGAAACAAAAACAUGCAUGGAAUGGUUUAGUUUUAAACGGUUCAAUGUGUGGAAUUUCUGCUAAAUUUAAACCUAUUUGGCCAUUAGAGAAGCUGCUUCCUGUUGCAGCAAAGUUGGCACCAAAUUGGAGAGUUGUUGUGUCGAAGCCUUUCCCUGGCAUGUGGCAUAUGUUGAUUGGUGAGCCGAAGGAACACGUGGAGCUUGUGUUUGGCACUAUAUUGUCUUGGUUAGGAGAUCAUGCUGACAAGGCUAGACAUAAACCAAUGAGUUAUUAAUGGCAGCUUUAAUGUAUCACCAUCUGUUUAAAAAUGCGCAAGAUUACAAAAAAAAAAAAAAUAUGCUCCAGAAAAGAUUCUCGCGAGUACGCUUAUGUUUAGAUUGUGAACCAUAUUAAUUAUGUGAUUAAAAUAUUUAUUAGUAAUAAUUAUAAUUUUCUU